AUGGCAGAAUCUCUCACCACUUUCUCUGAUCCGAGGACAGAAAUGAGCAUCCUGGAAACCAACCAGUACUUGCGCUCCCAGCUGGCAAAAACCAAACAGAGCUUCCGAGACCUCACAGAGAAAUUCCUCACAUCCAAGGCUACUGCUUACUCCCUGGCCAAUCAGCUGCAGAAAUACAAGAGUGAAGAGCACAAAGCCCUCAUUGAAUCCGUGCUAGAGGAGGGAGCGCGGUUUGAGGGAGAGCUGGCAGAGAAGAGGAGCCCAGCUGCAAGGCUGGGGAAACAUGAUACCCUAAUUCAGGCUCAUGCCCGAGAGCUGACCCACUUACGACAGAAGAUACGAGAAGGGAAAGGUGUCUGUUAUCUUUUCAUUCAGCAUACGAAGAGCAUAGUCAAGUCUUUUGAGGGCCUCCUCAGGAGUGCUGACAUUCCCUACUACCAGGGACAGAGAUUCUGUGAGCAGCUGGCCCAAGGAAGCCAGCUGGCAGAGAGCCUUGCCAGCAAACUCAUCACUGAAAAUCACAAUGAUAAGAACGAUGAAGAUAGACAGGAGCCACUGGCACCCAGGCUCAGCAGGGGGUUCCAGGAGGAAGAAGUGAAUGAAGCCCUGGAAGCCUCACUAGAUGAACAGUAUUUGACUCAUUCCAGUCGCCAUGACUCUCACCAGCUUCCCCGCAGCAGUUCCUUCCUGCUUGACAUGCAGGAAGCCAGCUCUGCUGUGGAAGUCACCAAAGAUGAGAUCCAGAACCUGUACCAGCACCUGAGGGAAAUUCUUUUCAUCAAUGCCUGCCUUCAAGAAAAGCUGGAACAUCAUCUCAGCAUUUCUGACCAAGGAAACGCCUAUUCGGGAGACUCCAAGGCAGCCCACCCAAGAAUCACUCAAAACGCCAGAUUUCACUGGAGCGUGUUGGCCGCGGACCUCCUGUCAGUGGCUUUAAAGCAGCGCAGGCAGGAGCCCGAGGGACCCCCUUCGCCCAGAGGACACCGAAGAGACUCCGCUCUGCCGGGAGAGCCGCGGGGCGGCGCAGAGCCAACGGGCUGGCGGAGGAAGAGCGCGCACCCGACGUCUGCCCCGGGGCCCCUCGUCCUAGAGGCGGACACCCUGCGUUCGAGCCGGAGACCAGGCCGCCUGCCUCGUUUCCGUAGUGUAGUGGUUAUCACGUUCGCCUCACACGCGAAAGGUCCCCGGUUCGAAACCGGGCGGAAACAGCUUCCUUUUACCACUACCCCCCCCAACUCCAACCCCAUCUAUUGUCCUUUAAAACGCAAAAAGAACGAGGGCCGGAGUCCCACCGCCACCUGA